AUGCUUUCAUUCUUUGUUUUUCAAGCAUUAUCAUGUCCAAUUCCUAGCCGUCCUCCGGGCAUUGUUUAUAACCCAGACGCUAAGGAUAUCAUUGUUGAGAUGUAUGCUGAUCCAUUAUGCUCAGAUUGUUUAGAUUCGUGGUCUGCAGUGUCAGCAGCAAUAACAAAAUACAAAGAUAACGCUAGAUUCAUUAUCCACUUAUUACCAUUACCAUAUCACACAUGGACUUUCAUGGUUUCUAAAGUUAUUAUGGCUGCAAAAUCCAUCAACACAUCCUACGCACCAAUUCUCUUAAAUUGCCUAUAUGCAGAUGGCAAUCAGAGCAUGUUUUUGGGCUCAGAAGUUAAAUCCGUGACAGCUGGUGAUAUGCAAAAGAAAGCUCUUAAAUGGGCAGCAGAAAAAUUAGGAAUUACAGUAAACGAUCUUACAAAGGCAUUUGGAACACAGGAAAUGAACACAAGAAUCGAAUUCAAAUAUUCUGCCGUUCAUAACAUCGACGGAACACCAACAUUCUACAUUAAUGGUGUAGCAUCCGAUCUCUCUUCCGAUUCUACAAUUGAUGACUGGAGCAAUGUUAUUGAUCCUCUCUUGAAUUAA